AUGAGUUUGUUGAGUCCAAAAACAGAGAAGCUAGUGAAAAGGGUAACCAUUGCUGCAAUUGUCACCGCUUCUUAUUUCCUUUUGACCGCUGAUUAUGGCCCUCAGCCAAACGCUCUCGACCCUGUUAAGAAGCAAAUACUUUUAACUCAGAGUACCAUGAAGGAGUACAUUUUUGGAUCAAAGAGAGAGUCUCAAGAAAAUCACCUGGCAAAAUUGGACAACGGCAAGGAGAAUCCAUGA